CAAACUUUGUUUUUUCUAUAGGCAGGGGGGGGGGAGGAUUUCUCACUAGCACCGAACAUAUGCCUCAGCUUACAUGUUUUAGUAUCUACCUUCAGCUUCUACUGACUGUAUUUAGGUAUUUAAUAGCGCCAGGAUACAAUAAAUACUGAAUAAUAAUUCAGGAUGGAAGAGGAAUGGAUCAAUGCACUUGGUGAUGAAGAUCAGACAAACCCUAAACCGAUUGUCCUAGAGGAGACUGAACUACUGGUAAAUGAUUUUCUUUCUGUUUCCAAAUUACAAAAGAUCACUGGCAAAGAUGAUUUGCGUAAUGUUAAAACUUUAGAAAUGAUUGUCAAUACAACAGAAACCACUUUAGGCAACUUUGGUCAAUAUUUGCCUAAGCUCAUGCAGCUGAAGUUGAGUCACAGUAACAUUCCUUCUGUCCGUGACAUUGGAACAUCUCUUACCAAUCUAUCUGUUCUUUGGAUGUCCAGGUGCGGUUUAUGUGAUGUUAAUGGCAUCACUUCACUUCAAAGUUUGCAGGAGUUGUAUGUUGCCUACAAUAACAUUGACGAUAUUUCACCAGUUAGUUUCCUUGAUUCUCUUGAAGUUUUAGACCUGGAAGGCAACAUGAUUUCCAGUGUGGAACAAAUCGAUUAUUUAUCCAUGAUGUCUUCCCUUAACACGUUGACACUGACUGGUAAUCUGAUUGUAAAAACGUACAAACAACAAAGUGAUACAAAUAGUAGCUUCCGACAGUUUGUUAUUGGCAAAAUUCCCACAAUUAAACAACUUGAUGAUAAAGGAGUGGAUUCAGAUAAAGAUCACUCACAUUAUCGACCGGAAACUGCUGCAUAUUUAAACUCACAGGAAGAUGUUGACAUUGUAACAGCGGCAAUAAAGGAAGGAGUUGUCUUAGAAAUAGAUAAUGAGUCUACAGUGAGGGAUUCCAGUUCAAUUCCCAUGCCAUCGUUACACUGCCAAAACAAUGUAAAGAGCUCAAACAAAGAACUUUUGCCAUUAACAUUUUCUUUGACUCCUAAGUUAACUCUUGCUAGACCAGCUACAGCAAAUGCUCGUUCAUUACAAGCAGUGACAUCACAAAAUCCUAUUCUCUUCUCCCCUCCUGUUCUUCAGACCCGUUCCGGCUCAUCUGGAUCCGAGAGUGGGUUGUUACAGGAGGAUGACUCGAGUAGUUUAACGUUUGGAGAUCCUAUUUGCGGAAACCCAAUCCAUGCUUUGAGAAACAGGAAAAAGUCCCCUCUUCCAACCAUGUCACCAAUAUCACCAGAGAAUUUUAACCACAGAUACAAACCACGACCUUCUAAUACAUCAGGUUGUCAAAAAUUAACGUUGGAUCGAAACUUUGAAACAGUCAAAUCAAAAAGGAGUGUACAAUCAAACUUCAAAGCUUCAAACUUAAAUUCACAAACUACAGAAAAACCUAAUGCUGUGAUAAACACAAACCAGAGGAACGUUGAAACUCAAAAUGGAGUUCUAGGAAAUUCUGCUGUUCCAUCACCCCUUCCUCAUUCAAACGUGUCUCCAGCGAGAGGAAAUUCGACUAUUAUCUCACCCUCACCUCCUCACUCACCCCAACGACCACAAACUGCUUGUGAUUUUCGUGCACAUCAGUUUAGAAGAUCAUAUGUUAAACAAGCUCUAAACCCACUUUCUAUCAGCAAUGGUGAACAGCGCUUUCGACAUCGCAACCUUCACAAACAGCUAAGUGGGGAAAGCAUGGUAGAAAAUUGAAAAACCUAUGUACAUGUACAAGAACAUACUUUUAAUAUGAAUGUAAUCAUAAUCAUGUAUAUAUUUAAUUAAAAAUUGUUUUUUGGUUUUUAUGUAAAACAUGGAGGGGACAAGUUUUAUAUUUUUAUUUAUAGCAGUGCCUGACAUGGGUAUGCAUGAUUUGAAUUAAAUAUAAUGCCCUGUGUGAAGAAUCUGGAUAUAUAGUGAUAGUUUAAUAGUUGAUAAUGCAAUAACUUUUAUAUCAAAAUCUAAAAAGCACAUAUGGCCACACUGUUUAUGCAUAAAUGUGCCAACUCGGUUAUAGAAAGCCAGAAAUAUGUCUACGUUGCACAGUAAUAUGUGUUUUUGUUUAUUUUACAAGCGCUGUGAUUUUUUGGUUUAUUUUUCUAAAGUUAUGUUUGUAAUAUGUUCUUUGACAUUUGGCAAGUUUCCAAUUUUAGAUAAAGUAUUAUGUAAUGUCUGUUGGGUCGGACUAAUACAUUAAAAGAUUUAAUGUUGAUGAAACAUUAACUCUUUUAGCAAAUUUAGUUUAAAGUUUUGUUUAUUUUGUUUUACAUUCACUGUGCUCUUGUAUGCUGUUCAAAUGGAAACUGAUGUAGAAGUCAAAAAACGGUUUACCAAAAAAUAUAAAUA